AUGGACCCUCACGGCCAUCACCAUGCGCCUGCUGCAAAGGUGGCCAUCCCGCCGCUGCGGCCCCGCGUAGAUCCACCUCCUCCGGCGCCCUCGAGUGCAGAUAAAAGGCGCACCCCCAAGGCUUGCGUCGAGUGUCGGUCCAGGAAAAUCAAAUGCAACGGCAAGCGCCCUACCUGCGACCAUUGCGAACAGUGCCAGGUCCCCUGCGUGUACGCCGAGACCAAGCGAGAGCUGAACAAGAGGGCUACCGAACGGAGCGACCGCCUGCUGCAGCUUCUUGCCGACAUCUCCCGCGAAGUCUCGCUUCCACCGCAUCUCCAGCAGAAGGUCCGAGCUGUCGAGUCUGAGUCGACUCAGGCCCUGGACGAUGACACGUCCGUUCGAUCCACUCCAACCGCGUCAUUGAAAAGGCGACGAUUGUCGUCAGGUAGUGCUGUCCCCGAAAACCCACCCAAAUCCCCCUCACCUCCUGCUCUACAGGGAGAGGCCGAUGUCUCCGCUGAAGUCGGCUCAGAGGAGUCUGUGGACAACAUCGGAGAGGACUUCAGCCGCUCCGACAAAGCCAGAGCUACCGGCUUCAUUGGCAAGAACUCGGAAGUCGCCUGGGCCCGUCGUCUUUCUCAAGCCCAGGCUGAGGGUUGGACCAAAGACGUACGAGGCAGGACCCACGGCAAGCCCGGCACCGGCGAAGAAGCCCAGAAGGAUCGUCUUAGUGUGAGCAAUAUACGUCAUGCUUCCCAGAGUCGCCCACGUCCUCCCAUAUCCGACUUCACCUAUCACUUGGAUACCGAAAGUGUCUUGACCUUUGACCACGUCGACAAAGACGAACUUCCACCCCCGGAGCUUGGCCAACACCUGCUGCAUCUGUACAUGGACACCGUUCAAGACGCAGUGCCCAUUCUCACCAUGUCCGUCUUCCUGGGUCAGUAUCAGCGAUACUCUCGUUCAAAGAACCCGGAGAGCUUACCUCCAACAUGGCGCGCCAUCUUGAACAUGGUCUUUGCCAUCGGUGCCAAAUUCUCUCAUCUGGUAAAUGCACCUUGGCGCGGUGAUGAGCGAGAUCACUUGGUGUACUACACACGCGCUCUCACCCUUGCAAUGCCUGGCGAUGCCAUUGUCGCCCACCCGGACCUUCAGCGCAUCCAGGUCAUGGGUCUUGUUUCUUUCUAUUACUUGACCAUUAGCCAAGUCAGUCGAUCCUGGGUCAUGAUUGGUCUGGCCUGCCGCCAGGCCAUGGCUCUCGGCCUACACCUUCGCAACCUGGACCCUCACAAGGACGCAGUAUCCAAAGAGAAAAGGAGUCGAGUCUGGUGGUCCCUCUACUACAUCGAGAAUCUGCUAUGUGAGGUCCUCGGCCGACCUACCGCAAUUGACCAGAGGUUCUGUUCACUCCCAGCUCCGGCUCCCGUCGAAGAGGCCCAGAUACAUAAGCACGGAGGGAAAAGGCUUGAGGAGUGGAACAGUAGUCAAGCAGAUGCGUCAUCCGCUCCAGCGAGCGAGGACAGAAAGGCGAUUCUGCGCUUGGAGUCCAUUCCAAGCACUGCUACUCAUUUCCGCCGACGUGUCCAGCUCGCACUCAUCUCCCAGAAAAUCCUGGUCAAUCUCUACUCGGCUGCUACAGUCCAGAAAUCCUGGGAGCGCGCACAGUACGAGAUUUCUGCUUUGAAUGAUGAAGUCGACCACUGGUAUAGGGGGCUCCCGAGGGAAUACCAGUUUGCCCACUCCGAGGAUGAGAGCAAGUUCUAUCGGGAGAGAAUCCUUCUGGGCUUCGGUUUCUACAGUACAAAGAUCAUCCUCACUCGUCCCUGUUUAUGCCGCAUCGACAAGCGGAUUGAGAAGCAAGGCCUAGGGUCCAAAAAUCUUGAUCAAGAACGUGCCCGGGACUGCGUCAUGGCUGCUAGGAGCAUUUCUGAUCUUCUCCCGGAUAUGGACGCCCCCAACGUCAAUUGGAUCUAUCGCAAUGGGCCAUGGUGGUGCAUCGUUCACCAUCUGAUGCAGGCCAUGACUGUUCUAAUGCUUGAAUUGGCUUUCGAAGUGUGUCACAUGGCGGACCCCCCUGUGGACCAAAAAAGCAUUCUGCAGAUUGCGAAGAAACUUCUUCGCUGGCUUACAGCGAUGGCCUCGACCGGAAACGAAAGUGCUAAAUCUGCAUGCAAACAGGCCCGAAACCAGUUCAAGGGGUUUUCCCCCUUUGAACACAUUGAUACUUCUGACCUUGUGCAGAUGGCCGAACGCGGACCAGAGCCUCCGCCAGAGCCUUCGCCAGAGCCUUCGCCAGAGCCUCCGGCAAAGCAACCGCUAAACGAAAUGCAAGCAUCUGGAGCGUUUACUCAUGAUUGGAUGGAGCACUCAAGGCUCCACUCUUCUGCCCAACACCAGGACAUGGCAGAGCCGGAGCGACCGGAUUUCAACAGUGACACUGUUCUCCAGGAUGCCGAACAAGAACCGUGGCCUCAUUAUACCGAGGAUGAACAACUGUGGACUCCUGAAUUGAGUGUACCCAUCGAUUCGACGUGGAGCACUGCAGUCUUCCACAACCCGUAUGACCUGAGCAACCCGUUCAUGGACUUUGCACACCCAUUGGCGGUUCCAUACACCAGUACCGGACAAACGUAUCUGCUUGGCAGCACUUUGGCCGGUGAUGCUCCCACCACAUUUUCUAGCCAUCAAACAGGUGUCAGCCAACCCGAUCGUGUUGGCGGAGACUACACGUACGAGUUGGCAAUGACUGAGCCUCGGGAGCAGCAGCAGCAGCAGCAGCAGCAAUCGACCGGGAAUUUUGGACAACAGUCCUACCCGUACCCGCCAUCGACGCAGCACUACCAACAGCAGCAGCACUACCCACAAACAUCGGGGCAUCAGCCGCAAUUUCCACCAACAUCGACCAGUGGACAAUGGCAACAAAGUCCAAAUAACUAG